CUCUUUCAUAUCGACCUUGUCGACUCGAUCGUAUACGCAGGCGUCCCGGUCCACUACACAGUCAAUGGUCAAAGGCGGUGCCAAGGCUAUAUUCCAACCAUUGUCUCAAAAUGCGGAUGGCUUUUAAAAGAGCAAGCCACGAAAACAAAAGGCAUUUUUCGCGUCAGUGGCUCUGCUAAGCGUGUCGCAGAGCUGCAGCUCAUCUUUGAUACCCCACCAAAAUACGGAAGCCAACUGGACUGGACGGGCUACACAAUCCACGAUGCCUCCAAUGUCCUUCGGAGGUAUCUCAACCACUUGCCGGACCCAGUCAUUCCUCUCGAGUUUUAUGAAAAGUUUCGUGAUGUUCAUCGGAACUUGACAAACGACGAGGAAAAGAUUGCGGCCUACCAGGAAUUGAUCAGCAAACUACCACCACCACACUCUUGUCUACUUAUGUAUCUCCUAGAUCUACUGGCGCUGUUCGCUCACCACAGCGAGGAAAACUUGAUGGAUUCAAAAAACCUUGCUUCUGUUUUUCAACCUGGCGUGAUCUCGCAUCCCAACCACGCCAUGUCACCUGGGGAAUAUAUGACUUCAGCUGCAGUGCUUAAGUUUCUUAUCGACUACCAGAGCAGCUUCACGAUGCCU